AUGCAGUCGUUAUGCGGUGUUGGUUCGGCCUUCGCCACGGGGACUGGACCUUUAUGUCCAGUGGGAUACAAAAUAGAAAGCUCGUUAGAGUCUAAGCGGGAUAAAAAUACACAACCUGUUUUAUCGAGUGGAACAAAAGACAAAGAGGGAAAUCUGAAGGUUACUCCAUACAGCGCAGACGAGGCCUUGAUGGCAACCUUCGGGAAAUGCAAACCAGGUAGAUCCGAGCGUUAUAAAAAUUUCGUGUCUCAAAAGAAAAGAGCAGCUGUACGCUCCCCUCUCUCUGAUGAUUGUGGGCCAAGGGUCGUGUAUGGGGAGCAAUGGCCGCUCAAACAGAAAAACAUAAAGACAUCCAGGCCGGCGGUGGUAGUGAGAACUCGUCGCGCGCGUAUUGAUCGAGUACGCCCGCACCGCGCGGCCUGCAUACGAAUACACGGAAUAGAAAAGGGUCUCGAUACCGUUCAUACGAAGCAGACCCUGGACCCUUCAUUACCACAGUGA